UCCUUUUUCCUCUCUGCCCUGGUGCGAUGAGGAGCUAGGUGUUUCGGUGCCUCUGUAAAAUCCGAAUCCAUCCUGGUUAACGGUAACAUUUAACAACGCCAAAAUGACCGAGCAGAUGACAGUGAGGGGGACCCUUAAGGGCCACAAUGGAUGGGUCACCCAGAUCGCCACUACGCCUCAAUAUCCCGACAUGAUUCUGUCGGCGUCCAGAGACAAGUCUAUCAUCAUGUGGAAACUGACCCGUGAUGAGACGAACUACGGCAUCCCUCAGCGCUCCCUGACAGGCCACUCUCACUUUGUCAGUGAUGUUGUCAUCUCUUCUGAUGGCCAGUUUGCUCUGUCCGGUGCCUGGGACGGAACCCUUCGUCUGUGGGAUCUGACCACUGGCCAAACCACCCGCCAGUUUGUCGGCCACUCCAAGGAUGUUCUGAGCGUGGCCUUCUCUGCUGACAACCGCCAGAUUGUGUCUGGCUCCCGGGACAAGACCAUCAAGUUGUGGAAUACCCUUGGAGUCUGCAAGUACACCAUCCAGGAAGAGGGUCACACUGAGUGGGCGUCCUGCGUGCGCUUCUCUCCCAACAGCAGCAACCCCAUCAUUGUGUCCUGUGGCUGGGACAAGAUGGUCAAGGUUUGGAACCUGGCUAACUGCAAGCUGAAGACGAACCAUCUGGGCCACUCUGGCUACCUGAACACGGUGACCGUCUCUCCUGAUGGCUCUCUGUGUGCAUCUGGUGGAAAGGAUGGGCAGGCCAUGUUGUGGGACCUGAAUGAGGGCAAGCACCUCUACACUCUGGACAGUGGUGACACCAUCAACGCCCUCUGCUUCAGCCCCAACCGUUACUGGUUGUGUGCUGCUACUGGCCCCAGCAUCAAGAUCUGGGAUCUGGAGGGCAAGAUUAUUGUGGAUGAACUGAGACAGGAAGUGAUCAGCACAAACAGCAAGGCCGAGCCACCGCAGUGCACUUGUCUGGCAUGGUCUGCUGAUGGACAGACCCUCUUUGCUGGAUACACUGACAACCUGAUCAGAGUGUGGCAAGUCACUAUCGGAACCCGAUAAGAGCUUCCCGUCAAUGAACGUUUGAAUAAAAGACACUUUGAAAAAUG